AUUUCCCUACAAAAUAUUUCGUCUAGAAAAUUUUGUUCAAGAGAAAUUGACAUCGAUCGAAAUGUUAUAUUCUGAACGUUUAGCUUUACAGCGAACAAAACAAGCUAUUAAAUAUAGCGUUAUUAUAAUACCACGAUUUAUCGAUUCAAUUAGAAAACAAAUAAAUAAAAAAACAAAUUUAAGAAUACUAGAUGUCACAAAUUUUCCUGUUGUAGAAUUGAUAUUGCGGUAUAUAGCAACACAUUGUAGAUUGGCUGAAAAAGAGACACGUCGAAAUCAAUUAAUCGAUAUCUUCAAUAAACAACAUGAACAAAAAUAUUUGAAGGAAGAGAAUGACACUGAAAUCAACCAUAACAACGACGAGAUGAUGUUAGGUGAAGAUGAAUAUGAUAAUAAAAAAUUGCUCAAUGAUGGAAGUGAAAACAUUGAUUUGACGAAAUCAUCAUCCUAUCCAGAUGACACUGUCAUCAUUCGAUUUGAUUGUAUCAUUCAAGAUUAUCGUACAUAUGUUGAAUUAUUAUCGGCAUUACAAGUAUCAACAACCAAUAUACAAUUACAGAUAUGUACUAUUGAUAUGAGAUGUAUUGGUUUAGCAUUAGUAUCAAGUUUUUUAGAUCAUGUCAAUAAACAGUUUGUUCAAGUGUUACGCGUUCCUUAUAAUGUUCUAACGUUGAACAAUUUAGAAUUUUUAUUAUUACGUUUACCAUUACUCAUUAAUCUUCAUACAUUAGAUUUAUCAUGUAAUUUUAUUGAUUUUCGUCUUAAUAAUGAUAUAUUAGAACAGUUUUGUUCGUGUCUUAAACAAUUAAAAUUGUUAAAAAAUCUAUCAUUAAGUGGUUCGCCUAUCAGUAAUCGUUUGGAAAAGAUUUUAAAUUCAUUUGAUCGAUCAUUGGAUGUGUUAAAUUUAGACUUUUGUUCACUAUAUGAAAAUGAUAUACAAUCAUUGAUUAAUACAAGUACGCUCCAUCAAUAUCUUCAUUUAGAUUUAGGUACAAAUCGUUUAAAUCGUUAUAUGAAACAAUUAUUAUUACUUUUAAUGAAACAAAAACAGCUAAUUGUUCUAGAAUUAGAUUAUAAUCGUUUUUCGAGUAAUGAUUUUUUAGAAUUAAUAGCUUGUUGCCAACGAUUAACAAAUUUAAAAUGUUUAAAUGUUCGUGGACCCAAUUCAUUGACAACAUUGUUAGCUGCUGCCACAUUUAUUGGUGAACAGUAUCAUGGAUUAAAAUCAUGGAAAAUAGCAUCACCUAUUGAGUAUUCAAUGGCACAAUCAAGUAAUGAACAAUAUCAAACAAGCAUAAAUACUAUCAUGCCGUAUGAUGUAUUUGUUCAUGAAAUACAAAAACGUUCAAAAUGUUUUGUAUCAAUAGCUGAAUUAACGCUAUAA